GGGGGGCGUGGUGGCGCAUGCGCGGGCCGCCGCCCCCUUUGCCAUAAUGCGGCGACGGCGGCGGCGCAGCUGAGCGGCUCCCGCGGGGAGGGGAGGGGAGGCGGCCGUCGCUUAUAAAUGGCGCCCAAGCAGGACCCGAAGCCCAAAUUCCAGGAGGGCGAGCGGGUGCUGUGCUUCCAUGGGCCGCUCCUCUACGAGGCCAAGUGCGUGAAGGUGGCCAUCAAGGACAAGCAGGUGAAAUACUUCAUCCACUACAGCGGCUGGAAUAAGAACUGGGAUGAAUGGGUUCCAGAGAGCAGAGUGCUCAAAUACGUCGACACCAAUCUGCAGAAGCAGAAAGAACUUCAAAAGGCCAAUCAGGAACAGUAUGCAGAAGGAAAGAUGAGAGGGGCUGCUCCAGGCAAGAAAGCGUCUGGUCUCCAGCAGAAAAAUGUUGAAGUAUUUUUCAGACGAGAUGGAGCGCAUACAGUUUGCAGUUUGGAGACCCCUGCAAUAUCGACGCGGAAAACAAAAAAGAACAAACAGAAAAAUCCUGGAAUCGGGGAAGGCAGCAGUACCAGUGAGAACCCUCAGCCUCCCAGGAAAAAACGGGCUCGAGUAGAUCCCACAGUCGAAAGCGAAGAAACCUUUAUGAACAGAGUUGAAGUGAAGGUGAAAAUUCCAGAGGAGCUAAAACCGUGGCUUGUUGACGACUGGGAUUUGAUCACCCGGCAAAAGCAGCUCUUCUACCUUCCUGCCAAGAAGAACGUUGAUUCCAUUUUAGAGGACUACGCGAACUACAAGAAGUCCCGAGGAAACACUGAUAACAAAGAAUAUGCUGUUAAUGAAGUUGUAGCGGGCAUCAAAGAAUACUUCAAUGUAAUGCUCGGCACCCAACUGCUAUAUAAGUUUGAGAGACCACAGUAUGCAGAGAUCUUAGCAGAUCAUCCUGAUGCUCCAAUGUCACAGGUCUAUGGAGCCCCACACCUCCUCCGGUUAUUUGUCCGGAUUGGAGCGAUGCUGGCUUACACACCGCUUGAUGAGAAGAGCUUGGCCUUGCUGUUGAACUACCUGCAUGACUUCUUGAAAUACCUUGCAAAGAAUUCUUCCAUGUUGUUCAGCGCAAGCGACUACGAGGUUGCACCCCCAGAAUAUCACCGGAAAGCAGUGUAAGCAUCUCGCUCCCGUGUGUGUGUGUCACCGGAAGGGAUCCUUGGAUUUCUGCAGCUGUUGUGCCCAGUUCUCCGUUUGCCCACUGUCCCCGUCUCACACACGUCUCCGUGCAGUUGACGUCCACGUGUCCAGUGAAUAGUGAGUGUGUCUUCAGAUGGAACUGACCGCCCGCCUCAGAAGGACUUUUCUUCAGUUCUGAAAUAUCUCCAAGAGGAAAGCCUUAUGGAGUAUUUCAGGGAGUUGGCUUGGUGUUGGGACGUCCCUGGAAAUGCAACAGACACUUCAUGGUUUGCGCUUCUGCAUGCUUCUCGGUGAUUCCUUGUUCAUGAAACCAAGCAGUGAAGGUGUUUGGUAAUACAUGUUUUCCCGCACCCACCCUUGGGGGGAAAAACUUCGUUUGCCAACAGUAAAGAAGGACCAGUCACCUCUGAGGACUUGCUACUGGGGUGGGGAUGGAGCAUGUUCCAUCUACUUUUUUGGUGUUGGAUUGGUAAAGUGCGUGCUGGUCUAAGUGUCUGUGUUUUGCCUCCUUAGCAGCAGAACUGUGCAUUUGUUUGUUUUUUGGCUUGGCCUUGAAUGCACCUUCUAAGAUAGGAUGAAUUCACAUCUUGUACACCUUUCCUGAAACAUUAUUGUUUUGUUUAAGGGGGGGAUGUUUGCAGAUCUCCAAAUAAACUUUUCUAUUUCAGCUGUUCA